AUAGAAAGUGUUAAAUUAAGACAUUUAAAAUGUGUGUUUCCUUGCAGCCAUUGUGGCAUUAUGCUGGUGCGGACAGCCCGGCUGUUCCCCUUCAUCAUCUCCCAUCACCUGCAUCCCUCUCGCACACAUUCAGCCGGACAGGGAUUUCGGUGGAGUGCAGCUGCUGCUAGCAGGGGAGUGAGAGUCAUGGAAACUGAAGUUCCUACCUCUAACCCUCCCACUGCAUCUGCUGAAUCUUCAGCAGAUGGCACGGGCCAGUCCGCCACUAGCUCUACAGGUGACCAGGCGAAGAUGCCUUCUGUGGGACUGUUACCAGGAGAGACAGUGGUUAAAGAGGGAAAGGCAGCCAUCUUGUUCCCCAGUGCCAAUGAGGUGUUUUAUAACCCAGUGCAGGAGUUCAACAGAGAUUUAAC